CGGUCCCCGACAGAGCAGCUCUCUCCUCGAGCCGCUCUUGCUUUCUUACUCUCUCUCUGUCCUCCUGCAUAUACAUUAUUCGGUACAGUGUACAGAUGUAGACGGUAACCGGAGCUCACAGUGGGAGACUCUGUUGUCGCGUUUGCGCCAUGGAGGACUGCUGUUCUCCGGAAAGCGAAAGGAUGGAAGCGUGGCUGGACGACCACUUGGAGUUCACCCACUCCUACUUCAUCAGGAAGGCGUCAAGGGAAAUGGUGAAUGCCUGGUUCGCUGAACGCGUCCACACCAUCCAGCAAUCUGCCUCCAAAGAAAAUCCUCAACAGCAACGGGCUCACCAGUCCUCCUCAGACUCAGGCCCCCCCUCUGCCUCCACCAUCUCCCCACCUACCCUCAACCUACUGGACAACCGUUGCCCAUCCCCGGCCACAGUCCCCAGCCCGGCUCCCGGCACCCCAACUCGCAAAAUCUCAGCAUCCGAGUUUGACCGCCCACUCAGACCCAUCGUGGUUAAAGACUCUGAAGGCUCUCUGACGUUUCUGAGCGACGCUGACCGUGAAACUGUCCCCCUACGGGGCUCAGUGAUGGGUGAAGGUGGUAUUGGUGGGGGAGGUAAUGGAGGUGGAUGCAGCGGGGCAGGUAGUGGAGGCAGGGGUGACCGCUGCGCCAGGCUGCUGGAGCUGGUGAAAGAUGUGUCAAGUCAUCUGGAUGUGACAGCGCUCUGCCAUAAGAUCUUUCUCCACAUCAAUGAGCUGAUCUCUGCAGACCGCUACUCACUGUUCCUGGUGGGCGAGGACAGCUCCAACAGGAAGUUCUUGGUCAGCCGCCUGUUUGACGUGGCGGAGGGAUCCACGCUGGAGGAGGCCUCCAGUAGUUGCAUCCGGCUGGAGUGGAACAAGGGCAUUGUGGGACAUGUAGCUGCCACAGGACAGCCACUCAAUAUCAAGAAUGCUUAUGAGGACCCCAGAUUCAAUGCUGAGGUGGACCAGAUCACAGGUUACAAAACCCAGAGUAUUCUUUGCCUUCCUAUCAAGAACCACAGAGACGAGGUUGUUGGAGUGGCUCAGGCUAUCAACAAAAAUGGGGAGGACGGUGCCUUCACUGAACAGGAUGAAAAUGACUUCUCAGCCUAUUUGGCCUUUUCAGGCAUUGUCCUGCACAACGCUCAGCUGUAUGAGACAUCGCAGCUAGAAAACAGACGUAAUCAGGUAUUGCUGGACCUGGCCAGUCUAAUCUUUGAGGAGCAGCAGAGUCUGGAGGUUUUACUGAGGAAGAUCGCAGGAACCAUCCUGUCCUUCAUGCAGGCCCAGGCUUGUACCGUCUUCAUCGCUGACGACGACUCCAUGAACUCCUUCUCCAGUGUCUUUCACAUGGAAUAUGAGGAGCUAGGUGAACUCCUAGAAGCCCCGAAAAGGGACUGUGAUGCCAGUCAGAUUAACUACAUGUACGCCCAGUAUGUUAAAAACACCAUGCAGCCUCUCAACAUUGCAGACAUCACAAAGGACCAACGCUUCCCCUGGACAAGUGAAAGCCCAGAUCACACCAGCCACCAGAUAAAGAGUUUGCUCUGCACUCCCAUCAGGAAUGGCAAGAAGGACAAAGUCAUAGGUGUAUGUCAGCUGGUGAAUAAGAUGGAUGAAGUAUCAGGUAGUAUGAAGGUGUUCAACAGGAAUGAUGAGCAGUUCCUGGAGGCAUUUGCCAUCUUUUGUGGCCUCGGCAUCCAGAACACACAGAUGUAUGAAACAGUUGAGAGAGCCAUGGCCAAGCAAGAGGUCACACUGGAGGUCUUGUCGUAUCACGCCUCUGCCGCAGACGAAGAAUCACGGGAACUCCAGGUAACCGCGGUAACCACAGUGCCGUCAGCCCAGUCUCUGCAUCUUCUGGACUUCAGCUUUAGUGACUUUGACUUGUCAGACACUGAAACUACGCUGGCUACUAUUCGCAUGUUUAUCGACCUCAACCUGGUCCAGAACUUCCAGAUGAAGUACACGAAUUUAUGCCAGUGGGUUCUGAGUGUGAAGAAGAACUACAGGAAGAAUGUGGCUUAUCACAACUGGAGACACGCCUUCAACACCGCACAGAGCAUGUUCUCCCUCCUCAAGUCAGGGCACUUACAGAAUAACCUUAGCGAUCUGGAGAUCUUGGCUCUGAUGAUUGCAACUCUCUGCCACGAUCUGGACCACAGAGGAGUCAACAACUCCUACAUACAGAGGAGCGACCACCCACUGGCCCAGCUCUACUGCCACUCCACCAUGGAGCAUCACCACUUUGACCAGUGCCUCAUGAUCCUCAACAGCUCUGGAAACCAGAUCCUGAGCGGUCUCUCCCUAGACGAGUACAGGGCCACUCUGAAGAUGAUCGAGAGAGCUAUUCUGGCCACUGACCUGGCCCUGUACAUGAAGAGGCGUGGCGAGUUCUUUGAGCUCACCAAGAACAGCCAGUUUGUUUGGGAGGAUGAACAUCACAGAGACUUGCUGAGGUCAAUGCUGAUGACUGCAUGUGACAUCUCAGCCAUCACUAAGCCCUGGCCGGUGCAAAAAAGGAUUGCGGAGCUGGUCGCCACUGAGUUCUUUGAACAGGGGGAUAAGGAGAGACGAGAGCUGAACAUUGAGCCCAGUGACCUGAUGAAUCGUGACAAAAGAGAUAAGAUUCCCAGCAUGCAGGUGUCCUUCAUUGAUGCCAUCUGCACUCAGUUAUAUGAGACUUUGGCAGGCAUGUCAGAGUAUUGCUCCCCAUUGUUGGAAGGAUGUCAGAAGAACCGGCAGCAUUGGAGGCGUUUGGCAGAGGAGUGUGAGAAGGGGCUGGUCAACGGCUUGGUGUGAUCCCAACACCAGUUUGGUUUUCAACCAACACAGAUUUCCAGGGUUAGCCCUGUACAACCCAGUCUCUCAAAAUUUCAUGAAAUUAGCAUAUCUAAAAGGACAAAUAAGAUGCUUUGUGCUUGGAAGGUGCCCAAAAAUAUAAUUUUCCCAAGAUUAUAUAGUGAAAAAAACAUUAGAUUUGGUUUGACAGUGAAAGGGCGGAUACACUGGCCUUUAAAUUUAGCAACCAUAAAGCAGGUUUGGGUCAAGAGUUUUUUCUAAAACAUUAAAAAAUAUUCCAGUUUAUUGCAACUUUGGUCUCAUUUUGGUAGGUUGGUCCAUCCUUUCUUUCUGCAAUGAUAAGAUUGUACUCACUAAGUUCAUAACUCAGAUCUGGGAAUCACUAAAGAAGACUAAGAGCCUUGCUAGCAGUCAGGCUUUACUUAGAGACAGCUAAGUCUCUAAGUUGAAUUGCUUACAUAUGCAUGGUAGCAGGUUAACAAGAACAGCGUUAGCAUGCUGAUGUUUGGAGCAGUGAUACUGCCAGGGUCCUACAGGAAUUUUCAGUGGGUCCACAAAAAAUAGAGAAUGGUUUGUUUUCACUAUUUAAUUCACUAUAGAAGAGAGCCUAGUGUGAGUAAGAGUCACAAGAGUGACUGUAGUUGAUAACUAAAUUCUAAUCAGAAUCAUGUCUAAUAACUAAAAUCUUCUUAGAUCGUCUGUGAAGUGAAACUUAUCACAAAGGUCUGUGACCUAAUGUGUAUCAGUUUAGGGGUCCUUGAAAAAAGGUUGAGAACCACAGGUUUAUGGUACUGUAUAAUGUUUCCCAUGUUCUUAGUUGGAAUGUCAUUUGCUUUGCAAGAAUUUUCAUUACCCAAAGUAUCAAUUCAGGAAUGGGAUCACCAAGGUCAUUACAAUGAGUCCUCUGGGAACUAGGACCCAACCAACAAUUGUGUGUGGGGCCCAAAUGGGUCGUAAAUAAACAGAAAAAUGGGUCCUAUAUGGGAUUGUCCACAGGUUCCGUAUUGGCCCUAUGUCAGUUGCCCACAUGGGUGGGUUUACCCAAGUGAUAAGAUGCCCACUUUGGGACCAUAUCCACUUCGUACCAAGGUAGCCCUAACAUAACCUAUGUGGGGCCCACUUGAUUCAGCCCAACCAUGUGGGCAACUGGCAUGGGGCCAUUAUGGAAACCAUGGACAAUUCCAUAUAGGGCCCAUUUUUAGCCCAUUUACUAUUCACAUGAGCCUGACAUACAAAUGUUGGCUGGGGAAGGACUGUACAAGUUUGAUGGCGAUCCAUCAAGUAGAUGUUGAGAUAUGCCAGUCAGGACCAAAGGUUAGACCAACUAACAGAGCCAUGCUGCUAGCAUGGCUAAAAAGAUCAUCAAAAGUGGUGCAGUUAGUUUACAUUACAUUACAAAAAAUGAAAACACCUUUGCAAUUCCUUCAUUCAAUACCAUCAUUGCAUAGUCUAGUCCUGUAACUCUAGAGGCUAACAACAGGAAUGACAGACCGAAGUGCGCCCUCCUCUCACUCGCCUGAUGUAAUGGUUGUUAACAAGUUUAACAAUAGAGACGAGCUGUUUCACUGUCGGUGUUAGUUUGUUGGGAUGUUUAGCAGCUCAGUGUUGGAUGUUAGCCACUGCUGCUGUGUUAGCUCGUGCCAACCAGGAAGACUUUGAACUUUGUGUUGCUGAGUGGGCAACAGCUCAGAAGACGACGGCAACAGAGAGUUUGUUAGGACUGUUUAACGGCCCGGUGUUGGAUGUUAACUGCUGCUGCGUUAGCUUGUGCUUACUGGGCAGACUUUGAACCGACCAUUCGCUGAGAAGAGUGACUCCAAAAACACAGCGACAGAAAGUAUGCUUAUUUGGUGGGGAGUUGGGACAGUGUGGGAUCAGAUCCCCAGCACAUAAAGGACCAAAUAGAAGUAUCAUUUGAAGUUUUGAUACUACUUGGUACUGGGUUAUUUAGGUCGUACCACUGCCCAGCCCUAAUGCAGUACAGUUUAAUCGCUCCCUAUCACAUCUCAGUUUGCAUUUCAUUGUGACAUUCCUGUACUUUUCACCCACAUAUUCAGGUGCUUCCACAUCAUAAAGGCUGUUUCUGCCAUCUUACCAGCUGAACCUCACAUGUGCACUUCACAACUGCAGGAUUGGAUACCUUCCACUAGAACACAGCUAACCACAGAGACGUUGUAGUAUAAGCAUAGAUUUUAAUAAUGUGUAGAUACUGGAUGGCAAAAUGGCAUCAACUCAUUCCAGUGGAGUUGUUUGUCUGGAGCAUAUGCCAAAAAAACGUGAAUAUGCGCAGUAGUGUUAUUCGCUGGCUCCUCCCACAAGUUCCUGUGCAGCUCAUCAUUGUGAUGACAUCACAGGCUUUUUUUCUCAGCUUGAGGAAAGUUUUACAAAUAUUAAACCUCCAUGGAUCAGAAAUUCGUAACAGAAAGAGUUAUAAUUGACCUUGUUUGCAGUUUGAGGUGUCUUGUCAACGGUUUUACAGACAUCUCUUUGACAAUGGUGGUCUACGGAGAAAAUGCCUUUUUGGGCGCAGGGCAUUUUUCACUGCAGUACCAUGAGUGGCCACCAGGAAAAAGUUGCUGCAAGGCUGAGCAGCAUUCCUGUGGGCCUGAGUAGAAGUAGUAGCUACUUUGCAACACUUUACCCCUGACAUCAUUAUUAUCAUCAUUUCUCUUUGCACUGUGAUCACUUAAGUAAAGUGGAUUUAUAAAAUCUGGCUAAAUUGGCUCGUCUAACAGCUCAUUUCUUGCCCUGCUGGACUGCGUUGGAGCAAUGUAACUAUGUUCCCAAAUCUCAGCAAUAACUUCAGUGAGUACAAAUCAUAACAGUUAAAACGUUUGCCUAAAUCUAGUUAUCAUAUCUUCUACCAUAAACACGUUCAUUAAAAAAAUCAUUGUUUGCUAACUCCCAUGACAAACAGGUGAUAAUGAUGUGUGUGUUCAUAACCCAUAUUUCCGAGGUCAUGCUCAUUUCACCAAGCUUUGUGAGACUUGUCCUCCUGUCAUCACCAUUCUUUCAUGGCUGUCUUUCACCAGAGAAAAUAACAGAGUCAGCACUAAGCUAUAUUUAUUACAAUAGUCAUUUUUUGUUUUUGCACAGAGUGGCUUUCAUCUUGAAGUCUCACUUACAUUAUCUCUCACAGGUAGUAACAUUUAGGGGAACACUGAAUGAUGAGACAUAGAUCCCUGGGGAUCAGCACCAGUACAGUGGUAAACAGAUACUGUACUUAUAAUAUGUUUUACAUAAUGUCACAAUUAUCUGAUACAUUCAUACAAGGAGGGUUAGGGCCAAAGAAAAAAAAAGUCUUAGAUUUAGAGAAUAGAGUCGCAAAUCUACAAGAAUAAAUUCAUAUAUCUAGAGAAAAAAUAGUCACAGAUUAAAACUAUUAAGUCAGGUAACAUGAUAUAAAAAGCAACAAAGUGUGUACAAACAGUGGUAAGGGUGACAGUAAUAUAUAUUUUAGCAGUACCAAAGUAAUAUAACACGUUGCCAACAAGAUUUCAGGUGAUAUUAUUACAUUUACAAUGUAAUGUAAUGCAUUACCACCCAAAAACUGUUUAUUUUUGUGAUCAUUUUUCAUUUAUCCAGUGUGAUUACAAGCUUAGUCUUGUAACAUUUAAACUUCAUUCUCAUAGAUUUACGACCUUAUUCUCGUAGAUUCACUACUUUAUUCUUGUAGAUGUACAACUUUGUUCUUGUAAUAUUAUGACUUUAUUCUUGUAGAUUUGCUACUUUAUUCUCAUAACAUUAUGACUUUAUUCUCAUAGAUUUACGACUUUGUUCUCAUGGAUUUAUGACUUUAUUCUCAUAAUAUUCUGACUAUAUUCUUGUAGAUUCAUUGCUUUAUUUUAGUGAUAUUAUGACUUUAUUCUUGUAGAUUUACAACUUUAUUCUUAUGAUAUUACGACUUAACUCUCGUAGAUUUACUACUUUAUUUUCGUAGUAUUAUGACUUUAUUCCAACAGAUUUCUGACUUUACUGUAGAUUUCUGACUUUAUUCUCUUAAUAUUAUGGUUUUAUUCUCGUAGAUGUAUGACUUUAUUCUCAAAAUCUAAGAUUUUUUUUCAACAUCGAGCUAAUUGUCCUUUGUAGUGAUAAGCUUGUUAAAUGUCUUCAUUCACAGCACACACAGCACACACACACUACAAGGGUUUGAGUCUUUUGUAACAUUUUUUUUUCCACUCAUUGUCUUAACUAUUGUAUAUUUAUUUUUGUUUUAUAUAUUUAUUAGAUUUUCUAUAUUGUAAGGUCAUCCUUUUGUCAAGAGCACACAAUUCUCUAUAUAGGAAAUGUAGUUUUCAUACCUAUACAUAUAUAUAUUUCAUAUCCUAUCUCUGCUUUUUUGAAGGAGCUUUCUUAGGAACGAAUCUUUUAGAUGACAUUUGUACUGUAAUGUGUUGUUUGAAAUUUAGAUUUUAUUUUCUUCUUUUCAAAAUGUAAGAGAGCCAAAGACUAGGCCUGCGAUUUCAAUGGGAAAUGGGUCUAACUUUUUUCACUGCCUUGUUGUGAUAAAAUAUGACCAAUUCACAAUUAAAAACUGUUUGUAUUUGUUCACAUCUUUCUGCACCCUUUGAUAUUUUCCCACUAUAAGUGGCUGUUUUUAAUGUCCCACUUUUUAUAAACUGAAUGAUUGAGAAAUGUCUCUUGCAUUUCAGCCAACAAAAAAGAAAUAACUGAACCUUUCUGAAAACCACAGGGGUGUAUAAAGCAGUUCCCCCAGCAUUUUGCAUGCUUUUUUCAAGAUUGUUGUGGCCUAAAUUGCCUGAUUUCACAGCAGCUUUUCUUAAAAAUUGGGAUGAAAGUUGCAAUUUUUUUAAGUAUAUUUGUUGCAAUAAAAGUGUGGGAGACAGUGAAA